GUGGUCGGGCCCUAUUUCCGGCGCGAGGACCGUUUCAGGCGUCGAGCGGUGAUAACCGUCAAAACCGUCGCCGCGCGGGGAGAGGCGCCAUUGCUACCUGGCUCCCGGGCCCUCCGGAGGCCGAUUUGGCGGGCUCUGGUGCCAGCAAAGGCCUCUCAAGUGGCACUUUUUCUUCCCUUUGAACUUUCUCGUCUUAGGUGUGCGCCUGAAGCAGGAGUUGAAGAUUUACCAGUCCUAGGUGACCAAACAGUUUUGCAAAUAACCCUCCAGCAAGUUUAAAAAUAAUUAGGCCCAGCUCAGAGAAAGCAGAGUUGCUCUGGUUGCACAAAAAAGAUGUCCAGCUGCUCCAGUGAAGUCGAUGUGCAGGCAAGUGUUAAAUCUAACACAUCCUACAACGAAGAGCAACAAAAAACAGUUCUGGAUGUCCUUACUUACUGCCAGGUCAUCUGUGAUGCUAUUCAAAACCUGGAUAAGAAGUUUGAUGUUAUUCAUGGAAAGGUUACAAAAAUCCACCGUUUUUGUGUGAAGUCAUUGUGGCAAAUUCGUAAGCCACUUGGAUAUCCAUAUAAAAAUUAUAAUUACCUGCUUUCUAAAAGGAUCAAAUACCAGAAAAUGAGGAAGAGGGAGCCUUGCUCUCCAUUCUCUUACCCUGUAAGUUAUAGCCCCACUUCGCCAGUACGAAGGCCAGAAAAUGAUUCCCAGAGCGACCCUAUGGGAACAUCUGUCCAGUCCAAGGAGUGUGCGGAGCAGGAGCAGGAGCAGGAGCAGGAGGAGCCAGGCCUCAGCCAGAGCCAGGUCCCCUCCGUCUUCGCCGCGCAUUCCUACCAGCACUACUACACGCCCGAGGACCCCAUGCAGGGCUCCUCCUCCAUGCCCUGCUGCCACCGUCCAGCGGCCCACAGCACCUGCGGUCUUUACUUAGCCACCCAGGCCACUGCAGCCGAACCUGCAACCAUGCUGACCCAGGGUGAACGCAGUCCAGCACAUAACCGUGACACGAUUGUCUACCCAGCUUUACUGGAAAACAAUAGACUCUGCUAUGCUCGCUCACCUGUCUACCUCCCGACCGGCUUCGCUCCAAGUUCACCAGUUGGAAGUGACCGGAGUGUCCUCAGACAGAGCUUACUUGAUGACCCUUCAACCUGGUCUGUGGAUGAAGUGAUCCUGUUUCUGAAACACAUAGAUCCUCAGACAUCAGGCACCCUCACCAACCUCUUCAGGCAACAUGAAAUUGACGGGAAAGCUCUGCUGCUGCUCAAGAGUGACAUGAUGAUGAAGUACAUGGGGCUUAAGCUGGGGACAGCCGUGAAGCUGUGCCACUACAUUGAAAGGCUUAAAAAGACAGAUACUUAGACAAUUAAAAAAGUGUGUAGAUUAGAUUGGACUUAAUUCUAGGGAGACCAAUGCCAUCUUUUCUCUGCCCUUAGAAGUUUUUGUUGUGUAGAAGGUUCCUCUAAAAUACGGUGUAUCCAAAAUCGCAGAACCCUGGGACAGUCCAGUCUACUUCUUUAGAAGCCAUUUAACAUGUUAGCACUAGCAAAGUCAAACUGGUGGUUUGUUCUUUGUAUCUUUUCAUUAUUUUCAUUGCAUAGUUUACAGAUACACUUCAUGCAGGAAACAGAGAAACACCUUUGAUUUUGGUUAAUGUUUAUAUGUAAAACCAAAACAGCCAAAUCCCAAAGGGGAAGGUAGUCAGGGAAGGAUUGACGGGUUCUUUAAGGAAAUCCAUGAGGAGUUUUCUUUAGAAGAGAAUUUAAAGAUGCAACUGCAGAUAUCAUCUCUUUCUCAACUACUUCAUGUCUGUUACUGCAAUGUUCUGUUCGUGUUCUAUCAGUUUCCUGAAAGGGAAUAGCCACAUAAAUCACUUUCCUUUCUGUUAUUAUUUCGCUGUAUGUUUUACCUGUUCCUGUUUAAAGAAAAAAAAAGCAGCCUUUUAAGAUUUCUUGAAGUGUUCUUACCAGUUUUUUAAAAUUAUAAGGUAGAUAGUCAUUUUAUGCAAGAGAUAUUACACUACAAGGGGGGGUUGGAUGGAGUCUGACUAUAUUCUUUUCAAUUAAUGUUUUAUUUUAAAACUUCCUUAUUUUGUCUAAGCUUCAACAUUUAACUAGGCAUUCAUUGUUCACAUCUCUCCACGAAGAUGCCUAUGUCCAAGUUUUUUAAAGAUGUGUUUUAUUAUCUGUUUAUUCCUCAUAUGGGUACUGUUUCAUAUAUAUGUUUUAUUCUGUAUCUGAAGUAUACACACAAGUAAAUCUUUUCUUUUUUAAUUUAAAAUGGCACUUUACACUUCCACAGAGGUAAAGAUCCACUCUACAUAUAGUGAGUUUUUUUAUUCUGUAAAACAUAUGCACAUCGUUUGACAUCACUGGUACCUCUCAGCUCACACUUCAGGGUUUCCCUACAGGGAAGUUCUGUCUUGUGCGAUGUUUCUAGUUAAUUUCCUUUCUGAGCCAUUUAUCCUACUAAACUUUGGAAGGUACAUCAGUUCUGAUUUGUCAUUUUAAACUUGAUUUUAAAAAUCAGAACUUUCACAUGGAACGUGUUCAUUGUUGUUUUAUUUAUUACAUCGUUAUAUUGUGUAAUAUUUAGUGUAAUGUUAUAAGCUAUGAGAAAUGGUGCUAAUUGUAUUAGCCAUUUGUUAUAAAUGCCAGUAAGAUGUUCACCAGGGGUAAGGCUGCAUGUUUUCUUUUUAGAAAACCAAGUGUACUUUAUAAGCAAAUGCAACUAUUUACUGGGCGUAUAUGAUUCAAAGGGCUUUUUCGUCCAUGUUAUUUCUUUUGUGUUACAAGACAAGAUUCUAAUUUAAACUUGUCCUUCUUUGAAAUUGUUUGUGUGAAGAAGAUGCUGUGCCACUUGAACAGUCCUCAGGUGUUUAUAUAAAUACUAUGUUUUACAGUUUUUAGAUUUUAAAAUACAAUAAAGUUUAAUAACCG